AUGUCAGGAAAAUUUACUGGAUUAAUUACACGAAUUAGAAAAAUCAUACCAUCAGUCACAUGGCAUCAUUGUUGCAUUCAUCGCGAAGCCAUAAUUUCCAAAAAAAUACCAAUACAUUUGAAAACAAUUUCGGACGAAGCUGUAAAAAUUGUGAACUUUAUAAAAGCAAAAUCACUGAAUUCAAGAAUUGUUGAAAAACGUUGCAAAUACAUGGAUAGUGAACAUUAUCAAAUUUUGUUGCACUCUGAAAUUCGUUGGUUAUCUCGAGGUAAUGUGCUCUCUCGUCUAUUUGAAUUGAAAGAUGACGUAAGAUUAUUUUUAAUCGAACAUAAAUCAUUUUCGUUGAGUAAACGCAUGAAUGAUUAUUCUUGGUUGGCUACUUUAGCAUAUCUAUCAGAUAUAUUUACUCAUUUAAAUGCACUUAAUUUAAGUCUUCAAGGAACACAUGUUACAAUAUUCAAAAUUGAAGAUAAGAUUGAAGCAAUGAUUAAAAAUUUAGAACUGUGGAAUCUUCGGCUGUCAAAGAAGAACUACGAUCCAUUUCCAAAUCUCAAAAAUUUUAUUGAAUCAACUGAAGAAGAAUUGUUAGAUAAAGAUUCUAAGUAUUUCAGACAACAUAUGGGUGAUAUGCAACGUAGCUUCCAUGAUUACUUUCCUGUUCCAGAUAUAAGUAGAAAUUUGAUUCGACAACCUUUUGAAAUUGAUAUUCAUCAAAUAAAUAGACUGACAACAUUGGAAGAAGAAAACCUUGUAGACAUUUUUACAGAUACAAGUUAA